AUGGCUACCAGAUCUCCCUAUCCCGAUAUACGGAUUCCAAAUGUCGACCUCUGGGGCCUUAUGUUCGAUCAACCCCGAGAUUUCCCCGACUCUCAAGUGAUCUAUCGAGCAGUAGACUCGCACCGGAAGUACACCUGGCAAGAUGUCAAGGAGGCGGCCGCCGCCUUUGGCGCUGGUCUGCGGAAUCUCUGGGACUGGCAGAAGAACGAUGUUCUAAACGUCUUCGCACCUAACGACAUCGAUUUCGCCCCGAUCGUCUAUGGCGUCUUCUUUGCGGGUGGCAUUGUAUCGCCUGCGAAUCCAGCAUAUUCCGUGGAUGAACUGUCUUUUCAGCUGACCAAUUCUGGUUCCAAGGCCAUCGUGACAACAGCAGAUUUCCUGUCCACAGCAAUGAAAGCGGCCCAAAAGUCGAACAUCCCCGAAGAUCGCGUGAUACUGCUUGGAUCUAAGAGGGACGCAAGCCACAAGGUGAAGCAUUGGACGAACAUUCGCAAGACUUCAGGUGCCGUCCGCUAUCGAAGGAGAAAGGCCAAUCCAGAUGCUGAUCUCGCCUUCCUCGUGUACAGCUCUGGCACGACAGGGUUGCCCAAGGGUGUUAUGUUAAGCCACCGAAACAUCGUAGCAGAUGUCUUGAUGAUCCAAGGCUGCGUUGGCAAGUGGUAUGCGUCGGGAGAGGACAAAAUUCUGGGUGUUUUGCCCUUCUUUCACAUCUAUGGACUUACUGGACUCGUUCACCAACCACUUCACCGCGGCAUCGAACUUGUGGUUAUGCCGGCUUUCAAUCUCGAAGUAUUUCUGAAGGCAAUCCAAACCCAUAAGAUUACAUUCGUCUAUGUCGCUCCGCCCGUUAUUGUCCGACUUUCCCGAGACACCCUAGUGGAUGAUUAUGACUUGAGCAGCUUAAAGAUGAUCACGAGUGGCGCUGCACCUCUGACUAGAGAGCUCGUUGACGCAGUUCAUAAACGAUUGCAAGUUAAGGUUAAUCAAGCCUAUGGAUUGAGUGAGACUAGUCCCAUGACACAUACUCAGCCAUGGGAUGAGUGGUAUUCCUCCGUGGGCAGUGUUGGAAAGCUGUUCCCAAGUAUGACUGCCAAGUAUAUAUCUGCUGAAGGCAAGGAGCUCGGCGCAGGGGAAACAGGAGAGCUGUGGCUGUCGGGGCCUAAUGUAUUCAAAGGGUAUUGGAAAAAUGAAGCUGCGACUAAAGAUUCGAUCACCGAGGAUGGCUACUUCAAGACCGGAGACGUCGGCUACCAGGACAAGGACAACAAUUUCUACAUCACAGAUCGAGUGAAGGAGCUGAUCAAGUAUAAAGGAUUUCAGGUGCCACCAGCCGAACUGGAAGGUAAGCUUAUGGACCACAGUGAUAUCGACGAUGUGGCAGUCAUCGGAGUGAAUGACGAAGAACAACACACCGAAGUGCCUCGAGCAUAUGUGGUGGUUUCCAAUGGAAAGAACAGCGAAGAGGACGCGGAAGCAAUCGUCAAAUGGCUUGAGGGAAAAGUGGCAAGUCACAAGCGUCUCAGAGGAGGCGUGAGGUUCAUCGAAGAGAUCCCGAAGAGUGCUGCAGGUAAGAUAUUAAGGCGAGUGCUGAAGGAAAAGGCGAAACAGGAAGAAUCGCAGAAGGGAGGAAAAUCAAAGCUGUAA